CUUCCCUACAUUUAAAAACGCGAGGCGCGCUGAAGCUGAAAACCUGCUUCCGUUCGCGUCAGCGCCUGUGGGACAAGGACGAUGCGGAUGAGCCCGGGACACGCGAUAUAGAGGUACAACAUUGCUAGCACUGGACAGCGGACAUGCUGCUGUGCGGCCUCUUGGGCGGCUGCCUCGGCGGCGGCGGCGGCGACGGACCCAAACGCACUCCCUCCAACGCCUCGUCAUUUGACGGUAGCGGCGGCGGCGGCGGCGGCGGCGGCGGUCGUGGCGGGGCAGAUGACGCCGCUUCCGCGGUAGCCGCCGGCAGUGGCGGCGCCGCCAGCAGUGGCGCCGGCGGCGCCGGCGGCGGACACAACCGCCGGCUCAGCGGCAACGGCGGCAACGGCCACGGCGGCGGCGGCGGGCCGCACAACGGCCACAACCACCCCAACGACCACCGGGCUAACGGUCACGGCGCCAACGGCCACAACCGCCACAACGGUCACGCCGCUGGCAGCGGCGAGGGGCGGCAUGGCCGCAGCGGACGCGGCGUCAGCAGCAACGGCGGGGCUGGGCAGCACGGCCCGCUGGACCCAAACGACCCCGCGACGUCCGCCGCCGCCGCCGCCGCCGCCGCCGCCGCCGUGGCGGCCGCCACGCAGCCCGUAAGCCUGGUGAAGUUGGACGGGCACCACGGCGGCGGCGGCGGCGGCGGCAACGGCCGCGGUGGCGGCGGAGGGCCGCCGGCGCGGCGCACGCCGCUGCAUCUGGCGGCGGAGCGGGGGCAGCUGCAGGUAUUGAGCGCGCUCAUAGAGGGCCUCUGCUGCGCCGCAACCGCCGGCCUGCUACUGCCAGAGGAGGGCGGUGACGGCGGAAGUGCUACAGCCGGCGGCGGCGGCAGUAGCAGCAAUGAAAUGGCGGCGGAGGGGGAGGGGCCUGGGGCGGCAGGUGGCUUCCCCCUGGGGACGCCGGGGCGGGGUGGCACGCCUGCGGCUCCGGAUGAAUACAUCCAGUACCACCUGAACCUGCAGGACGCGGAGGGCUCCACCGCUCUGUGCCUGGCCUGCCGGGCCGGCGCCACGGACUGCUGCCGCCUGCUGCUAGCCAACGGCGCAGACCGCACCCUGUCCGACGCCCGCGGCAACUGCCCGCUGCACUACGCGGCGUUGAGAGGCCACCUGGGUGUUCUGUUCAUGCUGCUGGAGGAGCCGCCGAGCGACGACCCCAGGGGUCGGGCGGCGCUGGCGGGGCAUGUGGACGUGCGCAACGCCUCCGGCUGCACCGCCCUACACUACGCGGUGUGGGGGCGGCAGAGCGGCAGCGUGCAGGUUCUGCUGCAGCACGGUGCGGACGUGUUGCCGCGCAACGCCCGCCCCGCCGCCGAGCUGUCGCCCGCCGUCACCGCCGCCGGCUCCACGCCGCUCCACCUGGCCGCCGCGAGGGGGCACGUGGAGAUCUGCCGCAUCCUGCUCAAGACCUUUGCCGAGCGGGUUCUGGAGCCGCUGCAGCUGAGCGGCGGCGGCGGCGACGACAGCGGCGCACUGGCGGCGGCGGCGCCGCUGCUGGCGGCGCAGGACCCACGUGUGCAGGCGAACGCCAACGGCCACAUGCCGUACCAGGUGGCCCAGCGGCUGGGCUUCUACCCGCUUGCCAUGCUGCUGCGGCCCUCCAUCCCCAUCCUGAGGCUCUUCAGCGACGAGGAGCGCGCGGUGCGCUUCUACGGCCCACCGCAGCUCAAGGCGCUGGCAGCAGAGGCGCUCAACAAGAAACUCAUGGCCGAGCUAGACGCCUUGGCGGAGGCGGCGGAGGGGCUGGCGGCGCCGCCGGCGGCGGCGGCGGUUGGCGCCGCCGCUGGCGGCGGUGGCGGCUCCGCCGCCGGCGUGCGGCCGCUGUCUGCUCCGCCAUCGACGGACCAGCUGCAGCGACUGCUGAUGGCCGAGGAUGAGGAGGCGGCGGACGAAGUACGGAUUGCGGCGGCGGCGGCGGGCGGGGGCGCGAGUGCCGCGCGGCUGCGUAACUCGGGGGCCGGGACGGUGGCGGCGGCGGCGGCGGCGGGCGCGCUUCUGGGGCCGCGAACGCCGGCGCGGCAGCCGUCGGCGGGAGCGCUGCACGCCCGGCGGCCAGCCGGGUCCAGCAGCAGCACGGCGGCGGCGCCGCCGCCGCCGCCGCCGCGGCGGCGGCGGCGGCGGCGGCGGCGUCCUCCAGCAGCAGCACCACCAGCAUCAUCAUCGUCGCGGCGGCGGCGGCCGGCGGCGGCGGCGGCGGCGGCGCCAGCGGCGCGAAGUCCCUCGGCGGCGCGCCGCGCUCUGGCGCCGGCCCUGUCGCGCGAGCGCUCGCGGAACAGCAUGCUACUGCCAGCCUCGCCCUCUGCUGGCGGCGGCGCUGCCGGCGGCAGCGGCGGCGGCGGCCGCGGCGGCUCCCGCCCUGCCAGCAGCCGCGGCGCCGCUGCUACAGCUGGCGGCGGCGGCGGCGGCGGCGCUACCGGCACUGCUACUGCCGCUACUGCCGGGGCAGGGGACCUGGUGUUGUCGCUACUGCCGGGCCAGCCCGACUCACCCGAACUACAGCCAGCCUCCAUCCUCCUGGUCUCGCAGGGCGGCGCCGCUGCUACUGCCGCUGCGGCUGCCACUGCUACAGCCGGCGGCGGCGGCGGGCGGCGCAGCGCGCGACCGUCUGCCAGUGGCGCCGCCGGCGAGCUCGCGGCGGCGGCGGCGGCGCCCCCGUCGUACUCCCCCCGUGCCGCGGCAGUAGCAGCAGCAGUAGCGGGAGGUGGCGGCGGGCCGGCAGCCUCUGAUGCGGUGAUGACGGAUGGCGGCGGCGAUGGCGGCGGCGGCGACGUGGCGGCGGCGGCGGCGGCGGGCGCGCUUCUGGGGCCGCGAACGCCGGCGCGGCAGCCGUCGGCGGGAGCGCUGCACGCCCGGCGGCCAGCCGGGUCGCCAUCAGGCGCCGCCGCCGCCGCCGCCGCCGCCGCUGGUCUGUGUCAUGAAAUAGACGGCGCAGCGGCGGCGGUGGCAUCGCCGUUGGGGGUCUCUCCGGCGGCGUCGCCGUCGGCGGUGGGGUCGCGGCCGCCGGGUUUGGCACGGUUGCGGAGCAACCCGCUCUUUGACCUCUCCGGCGGGCUAUCACCCUCGACGGCGGUGGGUGGGGACCGUGCUGACGUGCCGCCGUCGUCAGCCGCCGCGGCAGUAGCAGCAGCAGGGGCUGUAGCAGCAGCAGCAACAGCAGCAGCAGCAGGGGCUGCAGCAGCAGGGGCUGUAGCAAUGGGGGCUGCAGCAGCAGGGGCUGUAGCAGUGGGGGCUGCAGCAGCGGAGGCGGCGGAGGCGGAGGUGGAGGAGGACGCGGUUGUGAGCGUUACGCCCGUGGGCGCCAUGACGCCGGUUGCGGAGGAGGAAGAGGAGGAAGAGGAAGCGGAGCGGGAGGAGGGCGAGGAGGAGGGCGAUGGGGGCGACGACGGCGGCGCGUCAGAGGCGGCAGCAACUGUGGCGUCGUCGUGUGUCGCCACCGCCGCCACCGCCGCCACCGUUGUAACGCCCUUCAGGCGCCGCGACGCCGCCGGCAGUGAUGAUGGCGGCGGCAGCGACGAUGGUGUUGACGCGGAGGGCUCGAAACAGCAGCAACAACAGCAGCAGCAGCAGGCUCGUGGUGCUAAUGCAAGUAACGACAGAAAUGCCGCAGCGAACAAGAAGGAAGCCCCCUCACAAAGCACCGCCGCCGCCACCGCCGCUGCGGCAGGCAAGGCCAGCGGCGCCGCCGCCGCCGCCGCCGCGCCGGCGGCGGCGACAGCUUCUGCAGCCCAGACCACCGCCGCCGCCGCCGGCACCGGCACGGGCACCGCUGCCGCUACCGUUGAGGAGGAGGAGGAGGAGGCGGAGGAGUGCGGGGUGUGUAUGGAGCCGUUGCCUCUGGUGGCAGUGGCUCCCUGCCGCCACUCGCUGUGCGGCCCUUGCGCCCGUCGAAUCGUGUGUCUCAACAUCACCAAGCCCAGCCACUGCCCCUUCUGCCGCACCACCAUCACCGCCUUCGUGGCGGCGCCGGCCGUGGCGGUAGCGCCUGUGCGGUAGGUAGCACCCGUGGCGGCAGGUAGCACCCGUGGCGGUAGCGCCUGUGCGGUAGGUAGCACCCGUGCGCUAGCGCAGGUGCCAGUAGCGCCCGUGGCGGUAGCGCCCGUGCCGGCAGUGGCGGCUGUGGCGCCGGCGCUAGUACUCUAGCGCCCGUGGGGGCUGUGGCGCCGGCGCUAGUGCGCUAGCGCCCGUGCCGCGGCAGGAGCGUUGUCGGGGCACAGGCUAGGGCGGAGCUAGGGCGGGGGCGCGGUGGGGAGAAGCUGGGUGCGGCAACGGCAAGAGGACGGAAGGGAAGGGGAGGGGAGGGGAGGGAACUUCUGCCGCCGCGCCAUUGCGGCGGAUUGGGCAAAGCCACGCAAGCUUCGUGCCGGAUAGCUGGCCUGUACGCCUGCGGUUCGGUGCCUUUGCAAAUGCAUUCUUAUUUCCUGCACGUCCGCGGCGAUCAACAACAGUACUUGGGUAGUUGUUGUUGUUGACUCGACAGUUGCCACGAGGGUCUGAGUGGGUUGCGGUUGCCGGUUACGGUUGGGGCAGGGGUUGCGGUUGCGCGUGUCAUUGUUGUGCGUGCGAUUUGAUGGCGUAUCCUAUGGGCACGCGGGAAUUGCUGUGAAUUCGGUUGUGCGGCUUGUGCUUUAUAUUGUCUGGGUAUAUCUUUGCUUGUAGUGAUAUGAUAUGCAGUAAAAGAAACUUUUGUUGUGCGCUGUGAGGAAUGGCCCGAGGCCGCGCGCACACGUUAGACUCACGAGGGCGUUGCACCGCAUCCACAAAGCAUCGUCGAUCCAUGGCACACACGGUGUGUUUGACUGUGUGUGUGUGUGUGUGUGUGUGUGUGUGUGUGUGUGUGUGUGUGUGUGUGUGUGUGUGUGUGUGUGUGUGUGUUUUCCCUUCCUCCACAUAUGUGUUCCCAUCUGUCUUCAUGCCUUCUGCGCGGUAAAGGGAACCCUUUAUGUUGCAUUUACGACGGUGAGGGUCCGUGUGUGCUGCGCGUGUCGUGGACGAGCGGCAACGAGUCAUUUAUUUCCUUUCGCAUUUCGCCCGCUUGCAUGCGACGCUUCAGAUCAUCAAAUCGCCGCGGCAGGGACGGCUGUGUAACGCAUACUAGCUAGCUGCAUGCGGAUGUAUGUUCGAUAGAUUGGCAGCGGCAUUGAGGUUCCUGUUACAUGCGCUUUGGUGCACAGCGUGUGUGUGGACGUACGAGCGUGGCUUCGACAGAUGUCAGCUUUAGCGGAUGCCGCUGCAGGUGUGUAUCGGCAUCGCUUUCCCUGGCACUCGAGCUGGUGAGCUUGAGCUCGGCAUCAGCAUUGCAGCAGAGUGCGCGGCUUGGCUGUUCGCGUGUCGUGAGUCGUUAGCGAGAAAUCGUGACUUAACUUGGUUUGCAAACCGUGCGUGAAUCCGUGGGGUUAGGGGGCUUUCACACGUGGGAAGCCAGCUUUGGGUCGAAGCCGGCUUAAUGGGCGAUACAUGGGCUGUGAAAGGAUUGGGCGAGGAGCAGGGGCAGGGGGGCUUAUGUGCUCGAGCCCAACGAAAUUCGAAACAACGGGAA